GAAAAAGAGAUCUGACGUAAGAUCGUUACCUUCUUAAGCAAGUAAACAAUGUAUACUGUAGAUAUAAUUAUUUGGACACUGGCUUUAAUUAUACGUGUUGAAAAAAACAAAGGUUUUUUUUAGUGAAACUAGGCGUUUAAAUGGAUUACCAAACCAAACCGUGCUGACGAAUUAUCGUAUUAAUCUUUGCUAAAGUUAACACUUUCUUCGGAUAUUUGUAUACUAUGUAAAUCAUAGCAAUCUGCAAUAGAUCAGUGCAUAGUCUACUUGCUCUUAUCAAAAGGGAAUAAACCGCGAUUCAAUCGAUUUGAUAGCAUUGUCCUAUCUUUUUAUAAGUAAUAAACGAACUGAAAAAAAUGACAAAAUUUGUUGGAGGGAAUUCAACAACUUCAAUAGACGACGAUUUUUGCCACAAAGCGUAAAAUACAUAUAGAUGAAUGGAAUGAAUACGGACUUUAAAGUUUGACAGAAAGUUGAAGCGGUGUUCCACGUAUGAUUGGUAGUAACUAUUGAAUAGCGAUACAAAUUUAAUGAAUACGAGUGAUAUGAACCAUGGUGGUAGAAUGAUUAAAAUUUUAUUAAACAUUUGUAUUACUUGUGAAACAUGUUCAACUUUAUACCUAGGAACGUAUAAUUGAAACAAAUACACUUGUACAACUAAACUCGCAUGCUGUACUUAAUAGUCGCGGAGAAAAAGUGACAGAAAAAAACUAAAUCAUUGAAUUAGUUAAGGUGAUUACAGUGAUAUAUAGCGAGUUCAAAAUUUCUUUCUUGCAGUGAAAAAGUGAAAAACGUGCAGCGGGGUUCAAAACGUGCAAACGUAUCGGGCAUAUGUGCUUGAUGAAUAAAUAUUAAAGUUUUAUGUUUAUAGAAUCUAAGAGUCUGCAUUUACAAAGAACUGAACGGUGGUGGGUUUUUUUUAUAUGAAAAGAAGCUAUGUAUAAACAAUGAGUCAGAAACAUAGGGACAUGUUCAAUAACCGUUGAGUUUUAUAAAUAAACAGAUAUAAAUUGGAGAGUGUAUAAACUGCGAACUUCAUAAUCAUUAUUUGUUUGAUAAAAGUUGAAUACGGGAUUUAAUUGUACCCAGUUAUCUGCACGACCGUGGAAUGUACGGAGUUUAGAACUGAGGAACGCUGCAGACACACCGGAAGAAGAAGGGCGGGACAAGAACCGGAAGAAUAAGAAUGACACGUGCCUCCCACACAACGGUUAGCAUCGUCAGAAUGAGUCAAGUCAACCAAAAUAAGAAAAUGGGAGGUGGGGGAGCAUGUCCACAAUGGAUGAGAACAUUGGAAGAAAAGUAUCAAAAACUACACAAAAAGAUCACAGAGAACACCUCAAAUAUUGGUUACGGACGAUUUAAUUCAUGUGUCGGACGAACGGUGUACGAUGCCCGUUUAUCGCAGGCAUUGUUACGUUAUAAAGACUCGGCUAUACAAAGACAUAAUUUAAAAUCAAAAUCAACUUGCAAAAUAAGUGAUACAAAUAACAAUAAUGAAACCGGUAACAUACCUUCAGAAUUUGAACAAAAUCAAUAUUUGAAGAAUACGGUAGCUAUAAACAGUGUCAAUGAAACUGCAAAUAACUGUGAAGAAAACGAAAAAUAUAGGUCGUCGUCACCGAAACUACGUCAAAACUGUGGAAGUUCUUCUGACAAGGAGGACUUAUGGAUAGACAAUGCGUCUUUAGACUCGGAUUCAGAUGAAGACAGUGCACGCGGAGCUAAAAAUAGAUUUAACAAGGAAAUAGACAAACUAACAGCAGGAGAGUUUGGCACAAAUGUUAUCAGUAGUUCUGAUAAAGUUAAAGCAGGGUGUACAAGUGACAUUGAUAAAUUAGAUACAAGUAAACAUUGCAGGAGAAAUUUAAAGACAUCUCUUAGCAGGACCAGUAAAGUGACUUCAAAAUCAUGUCCUGCUAAAAUUCAAUCUAAAUCAUUAGAGAGAACAGGACAAAAACGUUUAUUGUUAUCUAGGAGUAAAAGUGCUAACAGGAAUGCAAAAAUGUUCACUCCAAUGUCCGAGGAAGCAAAACACGCAAUUACCGAAACUAUUCACGAAAUGAACUACUCUGCACCGGGCAGAACGGAAAGGUCUGGCGUUAACUUUAUACCCAGCCGUGGGCGGAAAUGUGUUAAAACAUGGGCUGUUCCAAAGAAAAUGAAGAGUGCAUCUGAUGGGAGAAAAGUACUUGAAAGUGCGUCACAGUGUUUGGCUGACUUACAUAGCGAUGGAGCUAAUCUAAAUGAACGCAAUUCAGCAGACGAAAACGACUCUUGUCGUUCGUCUGGGGGAACACUUCCGGAGGGCUCGCAGAAAUCGAAUUCCCGACUUCCGGAUAUUCAGUCAGGAAGUGCACGCGACAGAAACAAUACAAGAAGUUCGUCAUAUCGACUUCCGGGUAUUGGAAAAUAUGAUAUUACACAGGAAGACCCUAUAUUUGAAAUUACACCUCCGGGUUUUGAUAGCAGAUACAAUGAUAUGCAAGUGGUCGAGGAGCGAGAAUCUGAGACCCCACCCCCGGAUAUACGACAACGGGCUAUUGAUAAAUGCUCGGAAUGGCUUACUAAAUACAACAAAUGAUUCCGGAUUUGGAUCUUUAUUCAAACAGUAGUUGUUAACUUACCGAGACGUACGUCACAAUUUUGUAAAAUAAAAGCAAAAUUACGCAAUUAUACAUUUAAAAGAAAUGGAAUACGAAGAGAACAUUGGCUACUGGGGUGUUAUUUUUCAUAUUUCAAAUGUUUAUGGAACGAACUUGUUUAGUUUUGUAUCAAACACAUUAGGAACGUUUUCAGUUUCCAUUAUGUUUUAAAACAUUUUUUACAUUUUCAAUAGAAUUCAGCUAGUCUUUUAAACAGCAUUUCUGUGAUAUUACGUACAGUGUAGUAUUUAUGUUUUGUUAGUUAAAACAUUUUACACAUGUGACAUACAGUUUUUAAAAGUGUGCAAUUUUUUAGGCGCUAUUUACUAAUUUUAUGGUAAACUACUUUACAAAUCUAGCUUCGAGUGACAGUAUUUCUUAAUUGAAUAUACAAUGUACAUGUAUAUAUACAUGUAUAAAACACUUUUUAAUCAACCCGAGUGUAAUGAUAACAGGUAAAUGUCAGAUAAGUGUGAUAAUCUGUAAUUUGUAUGUGUAACAAUUUCAUUGUUCGUGUAUAUAUCUAACACACCUUCUAACAUGCCUUACGUUUUUAUAGUGGAUAUCUUAUACUAUGUAUAGCUACCCCGUUUGACGUGCGGACCAAAAAAUCACAUUUUGACGUGUAUCUGUUAAUCACGCCAUAUACUCGUGCUCACUGUUCAUGGUGGUAUUCAACAUCCACCAUACAUUUCUCACAAAAAAAUACAGUACAACCUCUGAAAAGCAACACCCUUUGAGAGACAAAGAUUUUGGCCGUUGUUGAGGGGUGUAACUAUAGAUGUAAAACUUUGAAACUUCGUUGCAAAGUCUGACUUUAGAACGAAUAUAUAUUAAAGGGAAUUAUAGAAUUUGCAGUUGACUGCUUAUAUUUUACUAUAUAUUUUUAGAAAGAAUUGAAACGGUUGUUGUAAAGAGGUAAUUGCUCUACAGAGGGGUCGCUCUGCGGGAGUUGCACUGUAUAUAAUGCACAGUCGUAUAUGCACAUUCUGUAUAUCUCGAAUUAAAGCACUCUUGGUUUCUUAAAAGUAAAGAUAAGAUAUUUCUGCCAAGUGAAAAAUGUUUGGUAGGAGCCUUUCCUCAAGGUUUAUUCAGUCCUAUCACUGAACCAUCUUUAGCUUUUCUUUUUUUACUUUUUUUUAUCUUAGCUAUUAGUAAAGUAACAGUGAUUUUCUAUGGAAGACAUUAUAGAAAGUUAUAUUUUUUCACAAAUUGUUUCACGGUCAAGGCUAUUUUCUUUCACGCGAUUACCAUGAUCUAACACGUUCUAAAAUAUAGCGGUGACUUUUCUUAAGAAUAAAGGUAGUAUUUAUUUCUGAAGUUAAAUGUGCAUUUAACUUUACUCUAGGGGUUUUUUUUCCUCUCUUUCUUAUAGACAGGGUAAAAAACUUGUGUGAAUAACACGUUUAAAAGCUUGAAAUGUCUAAUCAAUAACGCAUAAUAGUUUUUCAAGUAGGAUUUUGUACAAUGAUUUAUUUAUUUAUUUUAUGCAAAGGCUUUCAACUAUUUGUAUUUGUACUAAAGGUUUUUCCUCAUUAUUUCUCUGUGUAUAAAGUAUACACCGAUAAUAUUUGUGCUGUUCGAUUUUGGAAACGCCUCUUUUACAAUCUACAAAAUUACACAAUUAACGCGGUGUGAUAUUUCCAUAUAUCAAAGUGGCAUUCCUCUUUUUUAACUUAUUUUAACAACGGUGAAAGAGAUACAUCUGUAUUUUUCAUUGCCAGACUGAUUGGUCUAAAUAACGCUUGUCCAAUAUGAUCAAUGUAAAACUGUAGCACAGUCUUUUCUUUUAUGGAUUUGAAUACUAAAAUUGACUGCUGUGUACAGGACAAAUUUCCAUGCAGUUUCGGUCAUGCAAAAGGGAAAUAUUUAGCAGUGUUCAACCUAUACAUAGCUCAUGUUGAAUAAAAAAAAUACAUGUAUAGAAUGUAAACCAAUUUACUUUGUAAAGUAUUAUCUGUUUCAUAUGAAAAUGUUAUUAUUUAAUUAACUUUAUUCAAAUUUUACCAUUUGUUAAAAUGUAUAUAGAAAAUUUAGAAAUAAAAAAAUGGUCAAUUUA